AUGGGGAAAGGCCUGGCCAUCUUUAGAUUAGAUGUCCAGGAAGAGAAAAGAGAGGGAUCUCUUACCACAAACAGAGCAACUGUGUUCACGAGGUCGAAUGAGGAAGAGACACUGCAAAUUAGGCAAAAAUGUAUGAUUCAGAAGGUAAUCAUACUACACUCUCUGAACAAUAAGAAGGCGGUUGGCAAAAGACAGCGCAGAGGACCUGGAUUCCUGGAUUUGGAAGACUUUGAGUUCAGGCCUUGCUUUUUCUGUUUACCAAUGUGUGGUCUUGGUCAUGAGGUAGAGAGUAAAUACAAGGAAAUCCUUUUGUUAAUUGGACUGGAUAACGUCACUGAUGACACGUUUCAUAGGUUUAAGUUCUUUCAUGCAGAAGAGUUGAAGGUCUCCACAGGCAAGCUAGAAAAGGCACAUGGAGCUGAGGCAGCUAAGCUGGAUUCAAAAUGCUGACAUAGUCUCUGCUGUGAUGAAGAUUAUAUGUCUUUUCAGAAGUUGAAUUAUAUGCAUGUGGCCAAAAGUCUGCAGGAGGAGAAGGAAGAAGGUAACAUGGAAAUAUUCUCUCCUUUUGGUCACUUUGCUAUCUAAUCUAGGUAUUUUAUUUCAUAACAUCAGUGGUUUAAUGUCCAGUGCAUAAUGCUGGAAUAGUUUGCUAACUUCAUGCACCUCCCCUCCGCCUCCUUUCACUGAGAAUUGCUUUGUUUCAAAUCCCACAAAUCUAUUCCAAGGCUUGUCAUCUCUUGUUCUAACCCAUAGGCUUACCACUUACCACCUCGUAAUCUUUUCAGGAAACCUGGUGGUGUAGUGGUUAAGUGCUACAGCUGCUAACCAAAAGGUCAGCAGUUCUAAUCCACCAGGUGCUCCUUGGAAACUCUGUGGGGCAGUUCUACUCUGUCUUACAGGGUCACUAUGAGUCAGAAUCAACUCGAUGGCAACAGGUAAUCUUUUCACUUUGCCCUAUCUUUGCCUCCAGUCUACUUUGCAGUGAACGUGGACAUAGGACUUCUAUGUUAACGUCCCAAAGCACAGCUUACACAAGUAUGCAAUGUUCUUCAAAUUUCACCAAAGGUUUGAAGAUCACAUAAAGGAAUUACAGCACUAAAAAAAACCUUAAGCUGAAGUAUUAGGCACAUUGGUUUCUCCAAAAA